GAUACCUACCUAUGGGAGCAACUGUACAGACGAGGCUAGGUAGCAGGUACUCCAUUUUGUCCAAUGAUAAGCCUGAUAACCCAGCAGUGACGUCUCAUGCCAGUCCCGUGCAAUUACACCCUCCCGCCGCUUCACAAGUCCGUUCCCGCAUCCACGCUUCCCCGGAUCGUCGUCGUGUGCGUGUCUCGUGUGAACGAGACCAACAGCACCCUCCACCGAGGAUCUCUCCGAUUCCAUUCUUCACCAAACCUACCGAACCCAAGAUAGUUUCUAGAGAAACCCCUCUCACAUGCCAUAACAAUGGGCAACUCUCCAAGCCGCGUCACGGCGCAAGACAAAGCAAUCCUCGACCUUAAAACCCAGCGCGACAAACUCCACCAAUACCAGCGCAAAAUCACCGUCCUAACCGACCGAGAAACUGCCAUCGCGCGGCAGAUGUUGGCCAAGGGGGACAAGCAGCGCGCACUGCUCGCCCUACGCCGCAAAAAGUAUCAGGAAUCGCUUCUCCAAAAAACCGACGGGCAGCUGGAGCAGCUCGAAAAAUUGACGUCGAGCGUGGAGUUUGCGCUGAUACAAAAGGACGUGUUUUUUGGUCUGCAGCAGGGGACCAAGGUCCUCAAGGAGAUUCAUGCGGAGAUGGGAGGACUGGAACACGUGGAGAAGAUGAUGGGGGAGACGGCGGAGGAGGUUGCUUAUCAGCAGGAAGUAAGCGAUAUGCUCGGUGGCCGCAUCUCAAACCAGGACGAAGACGAAGUCGAAGAAGAGUUGGCCGCGUUGGAGGCCGAGGUGGCUGCUAAGAACCAACCGCAACCGGCGGUACCGGUGCAGCCAGUACCACAGGUUCCGCUACCGAAUGUUCCCGAUACCGAGUUACCGUCGACGCCGUCGAGAGCGGAAGAAGAGAGACAACAGCAACGGCAGCGGCAAGAGGAGAGACAGGCCAUGCUGGCUUGAUGAUGAUGGGUUAUGAUUAUAUAUAUACAGAGUGAAGAGGUGUUUUGGAGUUUUUGAUUAACGGGGAUUCUGGGUCUUAACACAUUUAAGGGCAUUAGGAAGUU